CCCUGGUAAAUGGUAAUAUCCAUAUCUAAUUUCUUGUUAAAUAGUAACUAUAAUUAUGGCGGUGGUUAAUGAAACCAACGGAUGUGAAGGCAUUAGGUCCCCUAAACUAGCGAAAAAAAAAAGUCAGUGUUUGACAUAGAAGAAUCCUAUUUUGGUGGGUUAUCACAUGAGUAAUGGGAAGAAUAAUGCCUAACAUAUGUUAAAAAGGAAAAUAUACGAGUUGGGGUUGGGCAUGGUCUAGUAUCACUAGGCCAUCGCCUAUGCCGCAUUAAUAUUCUCGCAACGACAACAUACAUUUGUUGCAGCACAAAAGUUUUCCUAUCAAAAAUAAAAAAUAAAAAAAAUAAAAAAAAAUAAAAAAAAAAUAAAUGGAAGGGAUGCAUAGCAAGAUGAAUUGGUGGAUUGUGGUGAUGUUGUAUGCAUUGGCGGCAGCCAUCCCCGUGGUGAUGGCCCAUACGGCGGACCACAACAACACGGACAUCUAUUGGGUGACGCGCAAGGCGGAAGCUAUGCAAUAUGCUAAGAGAGCCUAUAAUCCCUAUCCCGAAUUGGUUACUAGUAAAUUGACCAAACACAUCAGUAAGAUGAUGAAUGAAACAAGGUUAUUAGAGGACGUUGAGUACGAUGAAUUGGACGACGAACACAACAGUACGAGGAGGAGCCUGAUGAGAUCGAAGAGGUAUAGGGGUCCAUGCAAGGUCACAAAUCCUAUUGACCGUUGCUGGAGGUGCGACCGCAACUGGGCUAAAAACCGAAAGAAGCUGGCAAGCUGCGCUCUAGGCUUCGGCGCCGGAACCACCGGGGGAAAGAGAGGACCGUUCUACGUGGUGACGAACCGGUUUGACGACGACGUGGUGGAGCCGAAGCGGGGAACCCUCCGGCACGCGGUGAUCCAGGCCGGUCCGCUGUGGAUCACGUUCGCCAAAAGCAUGACCAUAAGGCUGAAGAACGAGCUGCUAGUGACGAGCGACAAGACCAUCGACGGGCGCGGCGCCCAUGUCCGCAUCGCCGGCGGCGCGGGUUUGACGUUGCAGUUCGCGAAGAACAUCAUCAUAACCAACUUAAAGAUCAGGAACAUCAAACCCACCUCGGGUGGCAUCGUUAGAGACUCCGUAUCUCACAAAGGCCUCCGGACCUUCGACGAAGGAGACGGCAUCACCAUCUUCGGAUCAUCCCACGUUUGGAUUGACCAUGUGUCCAUGAAGAAAUGCGACGACGGGAUCAUCGACGCCGUUAAGGGGUCGACGGCAGUAACCAUCUCCAACUGCCACUUCACCGACCACCACAAGGUGUUACUCUUCGGGGCAAACAACUGGGACCCAGUGGACAAGGUGAUGCAAAUAACAGUGGCCUUCAACCACUUCGGUAAACGGCUGGAGCAGAGGAUGCCGAGGUGCAGGUGGGGUAUGUUCCACAUAGUGAACAAUGACUACACGUACUGGGAGAUGUACGCGUUGGGGGGGUCAGCGGGGUCCACCAUCAUCAGCCAGGGCAACCGCUUCAGAGCCCCUAAGGGUCCGCUUUUCAAGGAGGUAACCCACAGGGACUGCCCCGAUGAUUCCUGGAAGAAAUGGACGUGGGUUUCGGAUGGAGAUGUGUUCUUGAACGGCGCUUUCUUUAGGCCGUCAGGAGAUCAGAAAGGAGCUCAAAAGUACGGCCACCUCGACCUCGUCAAUCCACUACCUGGGAAAGCUGUCGGCAAAAUCACUAAGUUCGCUGGUCUUCUUCGAUGCAAGAUUGGGAAACCGUGCUAGCUGAAAAUUAAACAUAGUCGUCGUUGUUGAAUCCAUCGUUACUAUAUAUAUAUAGGGGGUGUUUGGUUA